GUUCAUGCUCUUGAUUUCUGGUUCUAAUUUAUACUUUAACCAUCGAAAGUUUCAAUCUUUGCUCGUUCUCUUCAGAUUAAGAAGGGUUCCAUGUUUGCAUUUAGAAUGAUAAAUAACCUCUGAGCAAUUUGAACUUCAUUUUUCAUUUUCAUUUGAGAAAAAAUAUAAAAUAAAGAACUUUUGAUUGAGGAGGUGCUGUUACUCUUUAAAUGUGUAAUCUUUUGCUGCAUUUGUGUGAGAGGGAAGGCUGAACCAGUAGUACCGUUAAUUUGUUAGUUUUUGGUUCUCCUGUAGCUUGUUUAUGUUUAAUUGUGAAUAGAAUUUUCUUGCAAGAUUCAUUGCUUCCCUUCUCUUCAUCUAAUUGCAUUUGUCAAUGGCCAGCAGUGCCGAUUGCUAUCGACCACCACCAACAGUGUUUCCGUUGUUAUUACUACCAGUCAUCACAACCUCGUUUCCCAUUUGUGUCUUUGGCUCCUAGGUUUAACCUAUACAUCUGGUCAGUUUUUUGUUAGAUUACCAGGAGUGAAUCAGCGUUUUGAGGGGUGAAGUUUUUAAUUUAUUGUGGGGAAAAGCCAGAGAAAAUGCCACUCGGGCUAAUAAUGGGGCUAGGAAGGGCAUUUCGUCGAAAGCGAACGGCAUCCCUUGACAUUCUUUCCCCAAAACGAGCCCCAAGGAAUUUUUACAAGGGGAAGAACUGCAAGCCCACUGGUUUCCACACCCGAAAAGGUGGAUAUGUUGUGGUGCAGGACAAACUACCCAACUAUGUAGUCCCCGAUUUAACUGACUUCAGGCUCAAACCAUAUGUAUCUCAGUGCUCCAAAGAGGUCAAGACUGCAGAGUCAGCUGAAUCAACUAAAUAAGCAAAUGAGUGGCAAGUAUCUGAUCUUUUCUUUAUUGUUGUAAUAGAAAAUUAAGCUAGUCAUGUUCAUAGAUUUUGUUUUUUUUUAUCUUAAGGGUUCAAGACUAGUGGGUCUGUUCAAUGUAGACGUUCUUGCUUAGAGGUGUGAGCCUUGACACUUUUCAAGUAAUAAGCUUCCUUGGUUUAAGCAUUGCUUGAUAAUUAUUCAAUUAGAAGAUAACUGGACUCAUUUGUACUGUAAAAUGCUUGGUGUUUCUUUAGAAAAUCCCUGAUAGCCAGAUAGUAGCACAA